GCGGUAGAGAUCAACAUGGCGGAGGCUCAAUUGCUUCUCGGUAAAGAAGUUGCGAGGUAAAGUACAUCUUGCUUGAUUGUAUCAGCAGUCCAAGGAUACAGCAUUUUUUGCUUUAAAUUUGUUUCAUCUUUAUUUCGCUUUGGUAGUUUUCCAAUCAAUUUGCGACUGUUUAAUGAAGUGUUAUUGUGUUCAAGCAUGGUUUCAUCACGUGGAGCUCAGAGGGCGCCAUGAAUUUGUUCAAAAGGUGGAUAGCGCUAUCGGUAUCCGCGGUGUAAAUCACUAUCCUCUAGAUAGCGCAAUUGGUUUCCCUAAAAUUUAUCCACUGAAAAGUGAUUUCUGAAAAGCUAUAUCUAAAGCUUGUUCCACCCGCGAAAAUCAUCAGAGUCAUGGUCCUCCUCAGUAGGAGGGCAGUCUAAGGGGCGAAUACAAGAGUUCACGUAGGGUAAGAGUGUGGUGAUCAGGCUGUCGUAUUCAAGAAAUUCCUCAGGCAGCAUUUGGAAAGUAUUUGAGCGUGGCGAAUUUUAGGUUUUGAGACAUAUAUGCCCCUGUAACAGGUAUAAAACCGUGAGGGGGGGGGGGGGGUAUAAAACAUGCACGACUGCGGACUUGGUAUAAAAUGGGGACUGAGUAUAAAACACAGUAUAAAAACUAGGAAUUGGGUAUAAAACACAGACUAGGUAAAAAAGGUGGAUCAUGAGAUGGCACUAGAAAGGUAAAAAUAUGAGGUAAACAAAUUGAGGAUUAGCAUCAAACAUUUGUCCUCACCUCCCCCCCCUGCUCUCAUGACACACACAAACAUUCUUUGGGCUCUUCACACAAUGUCCCCUUCCAAGCAUUUGUGGAAAAGGAAAGUUACCAGAAAACUGUCUUUGGGUAAACAGGCCAUAGUUUUAGAAAUAAGUUACCAAGGCAAAAUGACAAGACAAAAGAAAGUUGCCUUAUUAUCUGACAAAUUGAAUUUUACAGUGAGAUUCGACAGAAAUUGAAGGAGGAUGUUGAUGCAAUCAGAGCUGAAAAUGAGGGGUUUAAACCUGGACUUGCCAUUGUUCAGGUAACAUGUGCAUGGAUUGAUACUGUUUUUCAAUGUUGGUAUUGCUCUUAUAAAGUUAAGGUCGUAAAUUAAGAUUCCUGAAGUAUCAAAUGCGUAAAAUAUGCAACGGGUACAUGUAAUAAUUGAAGUGGGUAAAUUUAUUUUAACUGAAUUAUUUAAUGUUAUUAAUGUCAACUUUUCAUUUACAGGGGAAAAGUUAGCCUUUUCCACUGAGUUGGUAGACGUAGAUUAUCACUAUGAAAGGAUCAAGCUAUAAGCUGUAUGAAGUCCUUCUCAAAUAGACCUGGGUUGUAACGUUUACAACCGAGGCCCUUAUUCAAGGGAUUUGUAUAGGGUAUCGAGAAUAAGGGAGCUUAUAUCUCUCCUAUAAUUUGCACUAAUAGGCUGAUUUUCAGAGAGGGAACUUUUUUCAUCUUGCUGUUUCUGGAUGUCCCAACCAAUCCCAAAAGUUUUAUAAGUGUAGUUUUUGUGAUGUCAUCACUUCUCAUUUUUGUUUGUAGAAUUGCAUAUUUAUGAGUAAUAAUAUACACUUAAUGUCAGAUCCCGAGGGAAACAGUUAGUUUUGUUUUCCCAAGAGUCCCGAUGUUUCCCUAGAUGAAGUCGAGGGAAACAUCAGGACUCGAGGGAAAACAAAACUAACUGGUUUCCUGAGGGACGUAACAUUAAGACUAGUGUUUUGUUAUAUAUUUCUAGACUUUCACUCCAACGUACUUCAACAGCAACAAAAGAAUACGCUUAAGAGGAGCGAAUCAAAACAGUAUGACUCGGUACUUAUAAGAACACAAAUUUAAUUCUCAAAACCACUGAAUGAAUGGUUUAAAAAGUACUUUCCUUACAUUACCUGCAUCUUUUUCCUCCACUAGCUGCUGUUUCUCUUCUGGGAUAACUUUGAAAAUCGUUGCUUUUUAGCUUGAGGUUUCAUGUUUGUGUUAUUGUGAAUGUUGUUGUGUUCAUUCACGAAAAAGAAAACUGGCAGUGUUUUUCCUGCCUUCUGUCACGCCACUUUCCACCAUGCUUGAUCACGUGCUGUAAUGUAUCCCGAGCGGGGUACAUUGCUUGAUGUAUCACGAUCGGGAUACAUUUGAUUUUAGUCAAGGCCACGUGACCAAGAAUCAGCUAAUGGCUGUCCCUGUUCAGUUGAGUGAAAGUCUAGAAAUAUAACAAUGUUUUAUGUCUUGCAAUAAUAUAUUUUUUUAAUGUGUUUUUCGCCAGAUUGGUGACCGGAGUGAUUCAACUGUGUACAUUAAAUCUAAAGUGAAGGCAGCUGAAGAGGUUAAUAAAGGCCCAUUGUUAUUUUUCAUUAAGUCUGGGCAUGAAAUUAACCUUUCCCAGGAACCAUGUAGCUCCUAAAUAUUUCAAAGCGCUGGCCAAUUCCAAAAUGUUUGUCUCCAGGUAUUUUAAAAGUGUAAAUUUAAACAAAUAUAAACAAAGAAAUAGAAGAUAGUUUGCUCUAGUUUUAGUUUAAGAGCUAGACCUGCCAAAAUUAGGAUUUUUUUAUGAAAUGAUUCUAGCAGGUAAGCAUUCACUAAGAAAAACAUUCAUUGUACAUUCAUUGUAUCUCAACGUAAGCUAAAGGAACACUACAUGGGACCAUAAUUCUAUAAAAUGUAUAUUGUAAAUACGUGAAAACUAAGGUGGCCUACAGUAAUAGAGUUUCUUCAUGAAGCAUUUGCUGAUGUUCUUAAACAAACAAGAUCUUUUAGUGGUCAUCAUGGUAUAUAUUUGUUUUAACCCAGGUUUGAGUAUUCAUGAUAAAAACUUCCAUUUGCCAGCCCAAGUUGGUGAUUGAUCUUUAGGAUUUGGUUGCUUAUGUGCUUAAACUACUGGCAUUGACACCAGUAUCAGGUGCAUUUUCAUGCCCUGUAACUAGUUAUUGGUACAAUGAUACACGUUAUGCCUGUUGGAACCUGUCCAUAUUUUUGCAGUGUACAUAUACCUUAUGAUCUGUAAACUUUUAAAAUUAAUGUUUUACAACACAUUGUACACAGGCAUUAAUUACCAAAAGCAUUUGCAAGCUUGCCUAAUUAUCUGUUAAUUUAUCCCCUUUCAUGGAAUUUAAUCUCUUUUCUUGGAGUUUAUACUUCCUUGAGUUUCUGGAAUAUUAUAAGUGUAUGUGUAGUUAUGAUAUAUAAUAUUAUUAUUAUACUUCGUCUGCAGAUUGGUAUGUUUGCAAGGCAUGUGAAGCUCACAAACACUUCCACACAAGCAGAUGUAAGUGCAUAGUUCUUAGUUUUAUAUUAAAAUAGUUAACAUAAUCUUAUACGUGGAAAUUGUGUGAGCAUGAAAACAGAACCCUUAUCCUAAAGAAACAACCAAACUGUAUGAAACAGAGAAAAACUUUUAAAAAGGCAAAGGAAUUAACCUAAUUAAAAUAAUGAAUUCAAUAACUCAUUUUAUUUUAAGCAGAAGUGAUAUCCACUUAACCCAGAUGCUAUUUCUUUAGUCUUUUGAGAGGAUAAUUUUCGUCUACAAUGUUCGCUAAAUUAAUUGUCAUUUUUAAGCUUCUUUUUAUUUGCGUGACUUCAUGUACAAGCACUCUAUUACAUGUGUUGUGUAUUGUUCUGGGUAUCAGUUUCAGUUAAAAGUAGGUUGAGUUUGAUCGUCCGGAUGAACGUAGUCCUGAAUAGGACUGUUGUUGUUGACAGUGACUGACGUUUCGCCAACCUGUGCGGUAGUCAUCUUCAGAGUGAAAGUUGAGUGGUAUUAUACUCUGGUUGUUGCUCUGAUUGGUCAAUUAUGUUGCUAUGUUAUUGGUCGUCUGUCAGUUAAGCCAUGAUGUUAUUGGCUAUGAAGACUCGUAAUCAGUAAUUGGUGCGUUUCGAUCCAUCUAUGGUCACAGUUAAACAGUCGUCUAUUGUUAGUCAAAUUGUCAUUCUCUUGUAGUUAGUUUUGCUUGAUCUCAUCAAUAAGUCGUUUGUACGGUGCUGGUAACUGUUGGCUACGAUUCAGUGGCGUUUGUUCUAAGUUAUUAAACCACCUUUCUAAAGUAAAACGUUGAUAGUAGUCUGUAGAAUACGUUAUACAUGUCGCAGAGUCCCAGUCAAUUUGAUGUUUCGUCUUCAAAUGGUGCUCAGCAAUGUGAUUGUUGACGUCACCAUUCUUCAUCGCUCGUUUGCGUUCGGUAAGUCACGUGCUUAGGUUUCUGCCGGUUUCAGCAAUGUAAGAAGCCUGGCAGUUGCAACAUUUGAUCUUGUAUACUGCUCCCUGUCUGUCCUCCGGUUUGUCUUUGUCCUUGACAUUAGUAAGCAGUCGCCGUAAAGUGGUUAUUGGUUUGUGUGCAACAUGUACAUUGUAAGGGUGUAAUAUACGUGCAAUACUCACUUUGACUCUGAAGAUGACUACUGCACAGGUUGUCGAAACGUCAGUCACUGUCAACAACAAUAGUCCUAUUCCGGACUACGUUCACCUGGACGAUCAAACUCAACCUACUUUUUCACAGUUUCAGUUAAGUACACUCUGUUAGGUGUUCUUGUAUUAGUAUCAUAUAAGUCGGAAUAAUUCAUUUGAAAAUGUCAGAGCGAAUGUCAAAAUUGAGAUUUCUCCUAUACCAUAGCAUGUUGGUCUGGAUUUGGGAUUUUUAAGGAAAAUUGGGAGAAUCUGGGCAAGAUGGGAAUAGUUGGACAUUCUGAGAACUAUCCAGAAAAGUAAAGAGCAAACUGACUGUACAUGUUCUGACAUUUGUUCACAUUGUCUCUGGCCCAUGCAGGGCUUCUGAUAUUUUGCGGAAAAAAAUGCAAAAUUUUGCGGGAUUUUCAGGGGCAAAUUCGCGGAAAAAUCGGCCGUUUUCGCGGGAAAAAAGUCAAAACUUGCGGAAAAAUUGGCCGAUUUCGUCGGAUUUUCGCAGGAAAAAGUCAAAAUUCGCGGAAAAAUCCGCCGAUUUCGCGGGAGAAAAGUCAAAAUUCGCAGGAAAAUCGACCGAUUUCGCAGCAUUUUAGCGGAAAAGGUCAAAUUUCGAAGGAUUUUCAGGGGCAAAUUCAUAGAAAAAUCGGCCGAUUUCACGGGGAAACUUCGCCAAGAAACAAUCAGUAAAAAACAGCCGAUUUCGCUGGUUUUUUUUUGGCAAAUUUCGCUAAAAACCAUCAAUUUUGCGUCGAUAUGACCAGCGUUGUGUAACGUUUUUUUAACAGGGAUAAUCAUUUGCUCCUUCAACAACAGUUUGCUCGAGAAAUGAGCGAAUGCUAAAGUUGUUUACAUUGUGGUUAGUGCCCAGUUUUUCGCAACGUUCAUCUAAGAACGCCUGUUAGUGUUGGGACGUUGUUUACUUGUUGCAGUGAUGAAGUUUCAAGAUAAAUUUGGACAUUUGGGGUGAAUAGAAAAGGUCUAAUAGCCAAGAUAAGUAUUAAAUAUGUUUUGCCAACAUGUAUUUGGAAAUAUUUCUUGCGGAUUUCGCGGUAUUUCGCGUUUUUUGGGGAAUUUCGCGGGAUUUCGUGGAAAUGCCUGAAUUUCGCGGGUCCGCGACGGCGCGAAAUAUCAGAAGCCCUGCCCAUGAUUUACUGUUAAAAAGCAAAGCUAAUGCAAUCAGCAUUAUCAAACCCCAUGUCCUCCACCUUAAGUGGCUUUUGAGUCGAGCAGUUAUUUGGAUGUUUUGGAAGUGGACAGAGUAAAGUGACCUAGUGUUAGUAAAUAUUGGUGAAUUUAGAAUUGAUCAUUGAUAAUGUCUGAUUAUAAAAAAAUUGGCUAAGAUUAAACGGCUGUAGGACAUGUACAUGUGUAUGUAAUGCACUAUUACAUGUCUUGACGGUUAUCUCUCUAUGUGUGUUAGGUUUUGAAAGCUGUGGAUGAGCUAAACAAGGAUCCAUUAAUUCAUGGCAUAAUUGUACAACUUCCACCUGAUUCCUCUGAGCCAAUUGAUCCUGGGAUAUGUACAAAUGCUGUGGCUCCAGAAAAAGAUGUGGAUGGGUAAGUAUUUGCCAGCUUUGAGUUACAUGUAAAUAAAUGUCUAUUUUGAGUACGGUAUGUUAGUUUUACUUUGUUUUGGCUAGUUGGUAACCAGAAAACAGCUUGACCUGCUUCAAACAGCACUUUUCAGCAAAAGCAUCCAGGGCAAAGGGGUUAGGCAUAGUAAGAGAAAAAGGCUAAUGGUCAAGGCAAUAUUUUUCAGUUGAAUUUGUCAGUGAAUUUGAAGUUGAAUUUAUUUCCUUUAAUUAUUAUUUCAGGCUCCAUGAUGUAAAUGCUGGGAAGUUGUCCAGAGGAGAGCUUAAUGACUGCAUUGUGCCUUGCACUCCCAGAGGCUGCUUAGAGUUGAUCAAAAAAUCAGGUACACUUUAUUUUGACUGCUAAUAAACUACCACUGUAGAUUCUUCUUUCAAAUUGAUUUGAAACCAAGGGGAGAAGUAAUAAGAGUAGGUAGUGUACAUGUACAAAAUCGUAAAUGGCUAUGCCUUUUUGUAUUAGCAUAAAUUGAGACUGGUCAGACAUGCAUAUUACAAAGUGCAGAAGAGCUAUUACUCAACACUUUUUUUAUUUUUGCUCUGUAAAUAUGAGAAUGUCUCUCUCAGUGGCAACACGAGGAACAGGUAAUCACUAUCCAGUUUUAGUGUAAUCUACAUCUACAUUUUAUUACACUCGUAAAGCUGAUUAGACAUCACACCAACUUUUUGUAAGAAAUAGAACACAAGGGAAGUAGCUAAAUGGAAAAGGUGAACCUACAUGUAUAUAUGUAUGUACAGAUAUUAAAAGAAAUAUAUUGAAAUAAAUAUAAUUACUAAAUGCAACAUCCUAGUCAUGUGUCUCAGUCAUGUUUAAGAUAAUUUACUAAAUUUGUUGUUAAAACAGUUCAGUGACUUGUACAACCUCUGAAUGAAAAGAAUUCCAUUCACAUACGGAUCUUGAAGAGAACUUGAAUACGUCCUUGCUAAUUUUGGGUAUUCCAUACUUAAGCGCAUGUGGCUCCUAUGUGUUCUGGUCUCGCUAUUCAGCACAUGAAAUUUUUCUGUUUUAAUAAUUUUUAUUGACUAUUUUCAAAUCCCCCAUAAUACACUCUGUCUGCCCCCCAAAUUUUGCAUAAAUUAUUGUCUUAAAAUGCUCUUGGGAAAAUGCAAUACUCCCAGGAGCAUUUAAAAACAAUGGUUUAUGCAAAAUUUGGGGGGCAAACAGAGUGUAUUAUGGGGAAUUCGAAAAUAGAGAAUAGUCAAGACUAUGACAAAAAAAUACAUUAGUGUUAUCUGUUUUUCUUUCUUCUCAUUUCUAAAGUAUCCCAUUCCAGCUCUCUAAGCAUAUCUGUAAUGCUCUAGCUGUUCAGUUGAAGUUCUGGAGGCAAAAAUUGCUGCCUUUCUAUGAACUCCUUCCAGUGUGUACACAUCUUUCUUGUAAUGCGGGUCCCAAAAGGUGCCCACGUACUCUAGUUUAGGUCAAACAAUGGAGCAAAAUGCAGAUUCUUUCACAUUCUUGGGGUAAUUCCAGAGAUUACGUCUAAUCAACCCUGGGGUUUUACUUGCAUUUCUUGAUUCAAGAAGCAAUAUGCUGGAACCACUUCACCUUGCUACUUACGAUAACCCCUACAUUGUAGAUACGAGAUAGAUUCAACUUGAUCAAGUUCAGUUCCACAAAAUGUGUACUUUCUCAUUGGUGGAUUUUGUUUCGUUGAGAUUCAUAAUACAUUUGAGGGGUUGAUUUCCGUUUGCCAUCGGUGCUGCUAUUCCUCUAAUUUGUGCAGAUAUUCCUGUAGUUGAUUGCAAUUUGCAUCGUUUGUGAGAAUACCAUACCACCAUGCACCAUCAGCAAAGAGUUUGACUUCAGAAUGCAGUCAAUUGGGCAGGUCAUUUACAUACAUCAAGAAUAGAAGAGGGCCCAAAACUGUUCCCUGUGGGAUCCCACAGUUAAUGAGGGAAGCUUUAGAUACCCCUUCUUCCCAAAUACCUGUUUGGUGACGCCCGGUUAGAAAAGAUUCAAAUCAAGUGGGCUUCAUGAAUUCCGUAAUAUAAAAACACUUGCAUCAGAUGCCCUCAGCAAAGCUCAGCUCAAUCCUUCUAAAAUUUACGGAGAAAAGCGAUCCUGAAGUUGCUAGAGCAGCUUCUCACAUGAUUGGAUAUACAAUGUAUGCAAAUGUCUAAAAGAUCGAUGCUCAGAUUUCAAUAACAACAACAGCUACACAAACAGUGAGUGGUCUGCCUGCGCUGGUACUAACUUCAGUUAUAAGAGCACCUGUGGUACUUUUAGAUAACUGUAUUGUUUUUACAGGAACAGAGAUUGUUGGCAAAGAAGCUGUUGUUUUGGGAAGGAGCAAGAUAGUUGUAAGGAAACAUUUAAUUUUUUCUGUUUCAUACCAUUCUACGUCACUGCAGUCAACUUUGUUGAUGGGCACUUCCAUAUGAUUAACACCUUUCUAAACAUAAUUGGUUCCUUGAGUUCAUUUCCACCACUCCUCCAUCUAUAACUGGGACUGCAUACCAGUUAAUCUGUGGUGUGUUGUUCAUCUUACGAAUAGUUGCAGGGCUCGACACUAACUUUUGACGUAACUUGCCACUGUGGAAAGUAGAUAUGAAAAUUUACUUUCCAUAGUAAAAUUUUACUUUCCAAAAAUGAAAGAAACAUAUUUUCCACUAUCCAUAAUAGAAACAUAACAAAAUUAAGACUCUGUUCUUCCUUGUAUUGCAGCCAUGGAAACUCCUUAAGUCAUUCUUUUCUAAACCCACGGCCGACCAUCUUCCUCUUUUCUUUGUAUUUGUCUCGUGGCAUCGCUUGCUUCAAAUAUGCUCCAGCUGUUUGAUUUUCAGUCUGUUCUCCUCCUUUGUUGCUUUCUUGGUCAACUUCAUCAAUCUUUUUGGAGUUUCCUUUGUUAACCUCACCCGCGCGCUUAAAACACUCAUAUUUUACUAAUCCGCAUGUGAAAGGCAAAAUGGCGAGCACGGUCGAUUGCAUCAUCUAUUUCGUACCCAGGGUUUCUCGAUCUGUCACUGACGAUUCCAAGAUGGCGGAGAUAGAAAAACGCGAAACUUAAACGUUUAGCAAGGAAGCUCACUUGUAAUAACUAAACACAUUCGUUUUCUUUUCUUUUUCAUUUGGCUGUUUAAAAAAAAUACUUUCCCGCAUUGUCUAGAAGUAGUUGCCCGAUCGGGCAAGUAUUUUCGGUUCAUUUGCUUUUUUUACUUUCCACUCAGAAAUAUUACUUUCCAGUGGUGAACGGGUAAGUGUUAGUGUCGAGCCCUGAGUUGACUGAUUUUUUCCCCUUGCCACUGUUAUCAGCACCUUAAUGUACAAUACUUAUAAUACUUAUCUUUGCUUAUCAUGCAGGGGUCUCCUAUGGCUGAUCUUCUAAAAUGGCAUCAUGCUACAGUUACAACAUGUCAUUCCAAGACGAAAAACUUGCCUGAUGUGGUAGGUACUGCAGGGUUGUCCAAAGUAGCCGGCUGCGGGUGAAAACCCCCACCUACGUGGUUAGUUUCAGCCAACUACUCUGGUUGGCAUUUCUUUACGGAUGGCGUUUUUUAAAUAAAAUAUCCUUGGACUGGCCGCUUACUUUGACAAGUCAGUCAUCAACUUCAAAACUUUCUUACAACCUUGGGUACUGUAUUCCUUUGUACAUACACUGGUGUUUUGUAUAUUGUGUUUAUGGUCAUCUUUUAAGAUCCACAACUUGGAACCAUUCAUUUAAAAUCUUAUGAUAACCUUUUUGGUAAAAAAUUAUCUAAAGAUCUUAUGAACCUUAGAAUCCACAGGUCAAACUGCAAGUGAAAAGUGAGAAAAAGACCAAAAGAUGGAACCCUUGUGAAAAAAAUAUAUUAUACUGAACUAGACUUAGUGAAUCACUAUUUCCAUUAUUUCCAAUAAAAACGUUUCUUUUUCAGUUGUGUAGUCCUUAAAUCAGGGAUAUCACUAAGAUUUCAAGUUGCCAGUAGUAGGUGGGGAACGGAACAGACAGGGAGUUCUUUUGGUGUUAUUCUCCUUUUGUUGCCUAUGAAAAUAGCCGGGGGGUCUUGCUCAUAAGCACAGGCAAAAAUAACGGAUUCCCAUUUUUGGAUAUUUUAGGGUAUUUAAAGAAUACCCAUAAAAAUCCCAAAUUUGGCAAAGUGAGACAAGUCCCAACCAGGGAAUUCCCAACCAAGUUCCCUGAUUGGGACUUGUCUCACUCUUCCAAAUUUGGGAUUUUUGUGGGUAUUCUUUAAAUACCCUAAAAUAUCCAAAAGUGGGAAUCCGUUAUUUUUUCCUGUGAAGUAGCCUGGGGAAAUCUGCAGCCCCCGGGACUUAGUGACAGCCCUGCUUAAACUAAAUUCUUUUUGUUGGUUAAUAUCCAUACUUUGUUAAGUCUUCACUGGAAGGAUAACUGUACUGUUUCUUUUGUUGGUUAGGUUAGAAGAGGUGAUAUAGUGGUUGUUGGUAUUGGAAGGGCUGACUUUGUCAAAGUAAGUACAUACAUGUAGUAUGCAUUGUUGAUGUCCCAAAGUGGAAUUGAGUUGCUAAACAUUCAAUCAGAGUCAGUUGCACCAAGCUUUUCUAUUAGGACAUCAGAAUAAUAAUCAAGCAAACACCAGUGCCAUAUAAUUUUUUCAAACCUUAACUCUUUGACACGUAAUGGUUUUUGAUCUUGACAAUGUUGUUAGAAACAUCAAAAAGUGGAAUGUAUUAGUAUUAGUGUUUUUUUCAAUUAUUGCACUAUUUCAUGCAAAUAAAUGUUCUUAUAGCCAAGCACCGGGAAAUUUUUCAGUUAUUAGAAAAAGAUAUAAUAAUUAUUGGCUUAAAUACACUUUUAACAACCACCUCGUGGAGUGGAAGUUGUGUACCUGAGAUAUCCAGGGGCUUCCUUUAUUGGCAGCCAGCUCCUAGAAGAAGACUGCUCCAAUGGCUGGCAAAUUCUAGCAACCCAGCCAUGAGCCCCCAUGCCAAGCCUUGGAGGCCAAGGCCCAGAGAGUAAGCAGGCUAAUGGCUGGUGGAAGACAGAGCCCCGAUAAGAAUGCGCGAAUCUGACGACACUCAACAAAGCUAGACAAAGGAGUAGAUAAGCACCGUACAUUGUCCACCAGAGAACAUACAUACAGUAAAUAAUAUAUGCUUUGCUUGACCGGUGGCCCUUGAUUUUAAUGAGAUGGUCUGGAAUUCCAGGAUUAGCAGCAGUAGUUGCAGCUCCAAUUCUAAAGCUAUGAUCAGAAACAUUUCCAUGGACACCUGCUGACAGUAGGGUAGUUUGUAGAACAGAAGAUAGCAGGGUUCUAGAAAGGGGGUGCCACCCUUGUAUAGAAAAAGAGGGCAUUGGUGAUAAAGAGAAAGGUAAUUUAUCAAGGAAAACGCUGGACAGAGAGGGAUGGAGCCACGGCUAAGGAAGAUGAAGCAGCCCUUCCGCAAGGGAUCUGUAGUGGAACAAUUACUUAACACACAGACACUUUGAGGAUUCAAGGGGGAGUUAAACUGUUCGUCAGCCAGAGUCAAGUGCAGUAAGUUUACCGUGGAUUCACUGGCUCUUAGGGGGCCAACACGGCAGCCAGCCCAAAGUGUGACAUUGGCAGGAGUUGUGAGGUCCAAGGACCUGUGGUGUAGGAGAGACAUGAGAUCCGCUAUCACCUGCUGGUGCUAAGGAGAACUUGAAUCCUGGUGUUGUCUAAUUUCUUGUAGGAGAUGUUGAAGUUGAAGGUAAUUGGAGAGUGGGUCAAGAAAGCUAUAGUCAAUAUGUAAAAAAUGAAUUGCGGAUAGGAACACUUUGAUGGAAGAAUGAUGAAGCUGAUCUGCUCAUUGAGCACAGUGCAGCCAUAUAAUAUCCUCUAUGUCCCGCCAUUUUAUGCAUAACAGAUAAUGGUUCUGAGCAUGGAUGGGGAAGAUACGAUAUGCGUUCUCCGUGAGUCAUUAUCCUGGCAAUGAUACUAUGAACCUUCAUGUAAUGUUCUGAGAAAAGUUCUUCGGGAAUUCCAUCAUUGAUGCUGUGGAUGGAACUUGGAAGCCUUAAAGGGGCAGUUGACAUGGGGCUGACCUUCACACUUUGCACACCAGUGGCAAAAAUGGCACUGACCAAAUGACCAGUGAUGUGUGCCAUUGUUUCAUGAACCACAAAAUUUGGAAGAAAUGCUUGUGACGAGCCCUAUGAUGAGGAGCUUGGGUGGGGUAGAGACAUGCAAGUUGGAAAAUUGUAAAGAUACAGAUUCAUGGGGGACCAAUCUGUUAAACGUGCUGCUGCUGCUGCAUUGUUGUGAGAGGUGCUGACUUAAAUGUAGCCAAGCUUUCCCCCGGAACUGGUGAGAAGUCUUUAGAAGGAGAAGUUUACAUUGUGUCAGCUCUUGCCAGCUGGAAAGGUGAUGCCAGGAGAAAUCCAGGAGUAAACAGUGAAUGCCUCAACACAAGUUAUGAUGUCUGUGAUCUCCUGAAUCCUUUCCACAGAGGAAUAAACAUUGAGUUUGCCAUCAAGGUAUAUCUGAGACUUUAGAGUUUGUGCUAAACAGUCGGCUAGAUUACCAAACUGGCUAGAUCUGAUCUUGGUCACCAGCUCUGAAUAAUAGGCGAAUAACCCAGAGCCACAACGAAUGGCCUUUUAAGCAAAGGAGCAGCACAAAGACUUUAGAUAGAUGGGACUGAAGACCCAAAAAGAAGGGAAGGUGAGCUAGGCAAGCCAGGCAUACGUAGCAAGAGGUCCACUUGGGGCAGCAUGAGCACCAAACAAAGAUGGUGUUCCCACAAUAGAUGUGGUACAUAAAGAAGAAUUAUCCAACGUACAAUACCUAGAAGUUAAAGACGACACAAAGAUGUUGUUGGAAAGGCUUGCCGAGGAGGACAACAGAGCAUGAGUUGUAUGGUACUACAACACGCUGAGACUGAUGAACCAUGUUCUGCCGAGGCAUUGUAGAAUGACCUCAAUAAGUUCCUACUGAGACAGGAUGAAGGAAGGGGAAGACAUCACUGCAGCUGAAAGAGUCAAUAAGCUGGUAUCAGAAGCUGAGGUAACUGAAGAAAUCUCAUUACACUCCAACAUGGUGGCUGUUGUUUCUUGAGUAGUCUGAUCACCUUUGAGCCAUUUUAAAAUAAUCACAAGCAAGAAGGAAAAUGCUCUGGGAACCACUAUAAACUGAGUUCCUACAACUGUGAAACUCCAAGGCUGAAUAAAUGCUCACUAAAACUGCCCAAAAAUGCCAGAAUGCUAAAUCACAUUUGCACAUGCUGAGGGACAACUCAAAGUUUUAACUUAUCCAUGCAAAAUCUAAAGUACUCCAUAACUCUUUUGCCGGUAUAGUUUGGAACUGUCUACCAACCCAGUUAAAAUCCCUGGAAAGUUAUUCAUCUUUUAAAGCCAAUCUCAAGAAAUACUCAAAGACACGUUAAAUGUUUGAAAUCCUUUUCUUUCUUUUUAUCCUUUCAUUAUCAUUGUUGGUGUUUUAAAAUGUGUAUCUUUUAUUUAUUUAUUUAUUAUAGUGUUUAUCAAUUCAGCUGAUAUACAGUAGGUUCACUUCAGCGUUUCGCUGCCUUUUUAAUUAACCUGCUUUAUCAAAUAAAGUGUGCAUGUAUGUAUGUAUGUAUGUAUGUAUGCUAGAAUGCACACAACUGACCCUGCCACAUGCGCAUCUCGCAACACCACUGGCCUGUAAGAUAAGACUGGCACUCCUUGUUGUUAAUUCUGUUAAAUUGUAUUUGACUGCUUAUAAAUGUAACCUCUCGCCAAAAAAGUACUCGAGCUGCUUUCUGUUUACAAGCCCUUUGUCAACUGUUUGAAUGGCUUUGUAACCUGUUGUUGGAAACAUCAGCCCAUUCAAAUGAAUUGCUUACCUGUUUGUUGGAAACAUAAACCUGUUUGAAUGGCUUGCUCACCCCCAUUUCUUGGAAACUUCAUCCUCCUCCAACAACUUGGUCACCUGUUCGUUGUUAACUUCAGCUGUUGGAAUGGCUUGGUCAUCUCUCCAGGUGAAGAGCAACGUCAACCAUUCAAAAAAAAGUCACUUGUUCAAGUGGUCAUUACUUUUUUUCAGUGUUUUCAAGAUUUGCUCUAUUGCAAAAGUUUGUCACUUUUUAAUGCUUAUUAAAACACUACCGGGCUUAUUAGACAAAGAAUCUAAGUUAGAGAAACCUAUUAGUAAACAAUGCAUUUCAAAAGAAACCCAUCAAGCUGUCAAUGUUCAUUGCACCUGUGUAAUAACAACAGAGCCACCUUAAUCAACAAGGCUUCAAGUCCGCUCUACUUCUAAAAUCAUUGUCAUAGGUCAUUGCAACCGUAGUAAUAAUGGAGACACUUUUAGACAUGAAAGUUUGCCGAGUCUAUCUACAGAGCCUAUAAACUUGGGUAUGCAAAUUUGUAGUAUGUCAUCCUUUCAAUGGAUGGCUGAGUGACUGUACUAACAGUAGUAAUGUAUGAUGAUACAUUCUUUUGUCACAGGGAGACUGGAUAAAGGAAGGUGCUGUAGUUGUUGAUUGUGGAAUUAAUGUCAUUCCAGGUAAAAUGGAAAAUCGAUCAAUUCGAUGACCAGACUCUUAUUUUUCAGUAGAAUUUUUCUAAGGAUUAGAUGUUGCUUGUAUGGUGGAAUGGUUCUGAAUGCUAGCCAAAAAUUACUUGAAUCAUGGAAUCAUAAUUAUGGCAUUCUUUCCAAGUGAAAAGUUAUUCCAGUUUACUAACAUUAUUGUGUAAAUCCUUUUUACUCUGGUGAUCUAUAUAUUUUUAUUUCGUUGUUUUUACAUAUAAGAUGGUGUAAAAUGUCCAGAAAAUUUGCAGACACAUGUAGCCCUAAUUAAUUAUAUUCAUUUUAUUAGAUGAGACCAAGAAGAGUGGGCGUCGCCUUGUUGGUGAUGUACAUUUUAAGGAAGCAAAGCAAAAGGCAAGCUGGAUAACUCCAGUGCCAGGAGGUACAAAUUAUUUUUUUUUGUUUAACCAUUCAGAAAUCAGGGUUGCUUUAAUAUUUUUGAAAAUGCAUUGUAAGCCGCAGGUCUUAAUUAUUUUUCAAAAGCCUUCUUUAAGAAGACUAUAUGCGAAAGAGUUUUGCAUUUCAGGAUGGCCUGGGCUUACCGGUAUUAUUAGAGAAGCAGUGUACAGUUCUCUCACCAUCCCUCCUCUACUGGGGAGGAGGCAGCUGUUUACAAGCUAAUAAUAUAUUGCUAGGAGAAAAGUUGUCGUAUUUGUUUUGGAUGAAAAAAAUGGAUGUUGUUACUGUGGCAAUGACUUUUCAUCACCAGAAAACUUGAUUAAAGAGGACAUUCUGUGUAUGAGUAACAGCACAAUCGAGUAGCUAACCAACAUCAGAGUCUACAGUUUACCAUGACUAUUUUCUGGGUCAUAAUUUAUUGUAGCUUGUUCUUGUUGCUGCCAAAGUUCACAGGAAUCAAAUGUGUCAUUAUUGAUGUCUGGUCUUGUCUCCUACAUUAUUUUUCAAUUUGGCUAAGUUACAGUAGUUUUGUAUUUGAGGGUAGUUUGGAAAAUAUUGCCCUGCUUAAAUGUUUUCUUUUCAGAUUUUGGGGGUAUUUUUUAUACUGUAGGUUAAAAUUUACCCUGAUGCCAUGCUUCUCUGUGUAAGGAAAAAACAGUUGUAAAAAGAAAAGAAUAACCUCUGUUUACCUUGGACUUAAGUCUCACCUUCAUGUAGAGCGCAGCCUCAGGAUGUGACCCAGGAGUGCUGCAGCUGAUUGGUUUAUAUUUUUACAAACAUGAAUCAAUUUGAUUUGUUCAUACAAUUUAAAGAUUAGAACAACCAAGGGGACAGUGAGGAGAUCUCUCACUGGAGAGGAAAAUUAAUUGCCUCUCUCUUUCAGAACAGGAAAUUGUGUGCAAAAUAUUGCUUAGGCAAAUGCAUGUGCUGUAUAUUUUUAAAUACACAUUCAAGAUUUGCUUGUGUUUGACACGGAUUCUGUUCCCAAAAGACUCUCAUAAGAAAUUUUGAUCAUGGUACCUGAGGAGCUGUUUUCAGUGGUUGAAAGUCUCACCAAGCAUCAAAAGAAAGCCUUGCUUGCAGUCUUAAAUCACAAGGUUGUGUUUGCUAACUGGGCUUGGGAAGUCAAUGAUAUUUCAGUUGCUGGCAUCGAAGAGUGUGUCACAUGUAUAAGUUACCAUGGUGUAAUGUUAUCCUUUUCAGCGCUUGAUUCUACAAGCCUGCAAUAGUCAUACAGAGUAAUUUUGAUUGACUUCAUUGGAGUUUUUCUUGGAUUUUCUUUGGCACAAACAUUUUCGAGAAAAAAAGGCAUUCAAACAAUUCCCCCAGGUCUACCUUGUUUAAGAAAACAGUGGCUGAUAAUCACAUGACUACUGUAUUGCCAUUGGUCACUUUUGUAAAUAUGCAUUUGACAUGUUUGACAGUUGUGGUCUGCAUGAAAGAGAGAUUCAAGUCCCAGGUAUCAGAGGUUUUCCUCUCUUUUAAGGCCACAAUUUACCAAGACUGAAAAAUAUAUUUUGUAGCUUAUAUCUGUGGAAUAUUCAAAUAUUAAUAAUAAAGCAUGUAAUAAAUAAAUGACAAUAAAUAAAAUUCCAACAUUUUUAAACCCUUGACAUUUUAACCUUAACCCUUGACAUGUUAUCCUUGAGCCUGGUUUCUUGACAAAAACCCACACAUCAAUCUUCCAUGCUACAUGAACAUGCAUAAUGUUAAUUUCUUUGUCCAUUUUUUAUGCCUAUUCUGAUAAUUUGCUAUUUUCGAACCAUUUUAAAGCACUGUGUUGUAAAGUGUACCUUUUAGGGCUUUAUAAUUAUUAUAAUUUUUUCUUUGAAAGGUGUAACUAGCUGAGUAUUUAUUUUUACUUUGAAAAGAAAAAUUAAACUCCUCUGAAACUAUUUUAACCAAAGAAAAAAUAAAACCCCAAAAGGGUCAACACAGUGUUUCUUUGGCACUGACUAUAGCUAACUUGGGGACAUAUAAGGGAAGCUUACGGGGCCAAGAAAUAUGACUUUCCAGGUUUGUUCCACUGAUUUGAAGAUCUGGACCCGCCACUGGCUAAUAUCACACUUGUGUUAUAUUCUGGUAGGUGUUGGUCCAAUGACAGUAGCAAUGCUGAUGAUGAACACAGUGGACAGUGCUAAGCGGUCUCUUCACAUGCAAAAGGUUUCUCCUGCCUUGAGAAUGGGCGUGUCUUUAGCUCCUUUGCUUCCUUAUCUCAGGCGUUUGAUACAUUAAUGAAUCCUCUAUUAAUGCCUAAAAUAAAUGUACUGGAAUGCUAUUGUAUUUAUCACAGCUUCUGAAAACUUCAACCUCCUCUCUUUUUUAACUUUAACCCUACAUGCAUUUUAGCUACUUUCAGUUCCAUCACUGGCAGCGCAACUUAUUAGAAAAUUUCCUUUUAUUCUUGCAAGAAGAUGAGUUGCAUGACUUAACCUUUAUUUCAAAACAUAUGACUUAAAAAUAAGUCUGUGGAAAGAUAUAUACUUUCAAUAGAAAGUAGAGUCAAGUUGUUUGAGCAGUUUCUUUAAAGAUAACAAAAAAAAUUUCUCACAUUUGUUUACACAACACUUUCUUUACUGGAUAUUGCAAGAAAAUACAUAGUUUUCUCUGCAUCAAGAAACACAAAUUACAGAAUAAUUGUCUUUUAACUGCAAGAUGGAAAAGCAUUUUAAUGAAUCAGUUCAAAAACUGAUUUAUUUGCUCCUAAGACUCAAAAAAAUAAUAAUAAUUAUCAUUACCUGUGUAGGUGCUACAGUGUCUUUUCACACUCAUGAAACACCAAAAAGCUUGUACAAAGUGUAUGAAAUAAAUAAGUUAAUGCCUUUUAACAGGACUAAAUUAUCAUUCCCUUUUCAAAACUGCUUAAAUGACACAGUUUCAGAUUGAGGACAUGCCUCAUGAUCAGUUGGUGUCCCUUCCACAUUGAAUUUUUUGAGUUUGUCCUUCAGAAAGUUCAAUUUUUGUGAUGUUUCUUACUAGAUUGUUGUGCAUCAUGCUGUUAAUGCUGGUGUACAUUUAGAGUGCAAGCAUUUGCUUUUGCCUUUUUGACCCUUUUCCAAUUAUUAUUAUAGUCACCAAUACAGUUACAAUAAAUUACAGAUGUAAAAUGCUAUUACCAGUUUGAAUGCACAAAAUUAGGAGCAAAGACAUUAAUUUAUUAUUGAUAUUUUGUGUAUAGUAGAAGUAGAAGUGGUAACAAUGCUUGGAUCGAGAACGCAUGACUAUAGUUGUGAUGUAGUACAAAUGUACUUGUUUGAGCCAGGGAAGGAUCUGAGACCAGCCAAGGGUACAAGACAAUUUUCCAGAGUAUCCAUUGCACGUAAGCAUGAAUUCCUGGCAACAAUGAGGCAUUAGGUGUGUUAUUAAGUUGUUAAAGCAAAUUGUUCACAACAGAUACUGGUAAUAAUUCUGGUUCUUGCCAUAUUUGCCAUAUAUUCAUUUUUGUCAAUUUUUUAGCCUGUUGGGCAGGUGAUAAUUAUUGUUCCAGGGUUCUUAAGAUGUAUGUAAUUUCCUUCUUCUCUCAUACUGACUCUUUCACUUGUUUUAAAAGACUUAAGGGGUGGAGUAACCAACAUCGUAAAACAGUGGGAUUUUUUUGACAGACAAUGAAAGAAAGACUUUUGAUAGCCUCUAUUAUUAUGAUGAAAGGUAAUUGUGUGUAUUUUUAUAAGAUAGAAAGGGCAGUUUGUUUAGAAUUUUUCCUCUUUUGUUCAUGACAAGUUUGAAUAUACAGAAAUAUAGUGACUGCCCAAUAUAGAAAUAGAGCCACCAUUUACAGUGAAGGCCCCAUCCUCAGUGCUUAAGGAUGCCACGAAAUAAAAAACAAAUUCAAAUUAAACUAGGCAAAGAUUUCUUUUCAAACUUCAAAGCAUGAGGCCCAUGGUGGUAAUUACAAGCAAACCAUGUUGCAUGGUAAUGUGUUUUGUAUAGUACUUCAACCAAUCCAGACAAGGUGAAGACAAAUUUCAAGUGAGCAAAUGCUUUGUUAUAAUUGGCUACCUUGAUAGGCCCAUAAAUCUUGCCUGCAUGGGUUUGACUGCCUUGGCUUGUUUUAACAACAAAGGGAAGAUGAUAAAAGAUGUUUUAAUUGGCAUCACCAUUGUUGAAUACAAAUGUUGCCAUGUUGCUAUUAAUAGAUCAUGUUUUACUCACUUCAUCUCUUGAAAUUUGAGGAUAAUGUGUGUUAUAUCUCCAUACAGUAGUAUGGUAGUUCACUGGAGUAUUCUAAAUGUUUCCUCUGUUAAUUUAAAUUGUAUCAUUUUGACACUUGAUAUGACAUUUUUAUCUAUUGCAACCUUUUUGGAGCAGACACCCCUGGAAUGGUUAUCAAGGUAGCCCAAAGUUAGGGUGAAAUAGAAUUGAGAUUUCACAGCUUACAAAGUAUAUGCAGAUAAAUCCUUUUCGCUGAUAAUUUGAUAUUCAUUUGUAUGUUCUAAAAUCACUAGUUAGAUUUAAUUUAACUUAAGAAAAUGGUUUCAACAAAGGUAACAUUAACCCGCAUUAAAAUUUACCCCCGGGUGAGCAAUAUUCGCCUAAUUAUGAACUGGGCCAAUUUUAAACAGGCAUUCUGCAAAGUUGAAAUUGUCUUCAGAGCUCGUAUAUAAGCUUAGCUUGAUAAAAUUCAGAUUGGCUUUAUCAUUUUUUAAGGGAGGAGGAGCCGAUGUCUAUAUUAAGUGGUCUGAAGGAAAAAAACAUCACAGAAAUGAGAAUGAUAUAAAGAUACAAAAGGAGUAGUAACUAAAGCAAAAUGCCAAUAAGUGGAACUGCUGUGUUUAAAGAGGAAGAAAACUUUACUAAAGGACCGUUAACAGUAAUGGGGGUCACAGAUCAUGUCAUAUUACUUUGCCACUGUUUCUUUUUUUUUUUUUUCAACAAAAUUUGCUUUAAUCUUUAAAAAUCUGUUGUCAUUGUUUGAACAGGGUCCAAUGUCUACAGUGGAACCUUGAUAUAACAAACCUCUAUAUAACAAAGUCCUCUGUGUUCAGAAUGAUAUUCUUGACCCAAGUAAUAGUAAGAUAUGGUGUAUAUGAAAGAGAACCUUGAUAUAACAAGACUUCAUUAUAUUCAACACAUUUUGCCAGUCCCUUGGCCCUUUGUUAUUUUCAAGUUCCACUGUACAAUUAGCGCAUAUUUGUGACAAUGAAAGAGACAGAAGACGGUGCACAGAUAGCCUGAGUCUGUAUAGUGAUAUUGACAAUAUAUGAGUUGGUGACUCGGGACCUAGAAAGUUACCAUUGCCCUUGUUAACAAGAGUUCAUAUUGAGCGGGUUAAUUUUAAAGAAAAUAUAUGAGCUUUUUUUAUGUGCAGGGAUGAAGAGAUUAAAAGUGAUGAACAUGUUAAAGCAAUGCAGGGGUAAUUUUUUUAAAAAUGAUAAACUUACAAAUCUUAAGCUUAUGGUUUUUUUGAUCUUACAUAGAAGCUGGGCGAUUUUUCAGAAGUCUGUCAAAAAUAACUGGAAUUGAUGGGUUUGGUUUAUAGCCAAGAGUUUGACAAUAUUUGUGCCCUCAGUUGUCGAGAGCCAAAGAAGAUGUUGCUCAAAAUUCCAUGAUCAUACAUGAGAUAAAUAAGGGAUUGUUUCAGUGAGCGGCCAUAUGUAUAGUAUUUUGGCAGUUUGAUGAUUUUAUUGGAACAAAUUAAUGCUAGCCUAUUAAUCUUAACAUUGAAUGAUGCAUGAUGUCAUUGCAGAUGUUCGGAAAGGAGGUGAUUUCUCAAGCAAAAUAAUCUUGUAAACAAGUUGCAUUCUUUCACAUUUGAACUGUAAAAGGGGCAAAGUCCAACAUCUUCACAUGCAAACUGCGCGUGUGACAGUUAUUUUUGAAACCCUUGUGGUAAUUACUAGAUUAAGACGUUUUCUCUGACGCAUGAACCAGGGAAGCGGCAAAUUCUAAAGCUUUCACAUUCAAACUGCAUGACAAUACAACUCACGGUAAGGGCUUACAUGAGCCUGGCUGGCUAGCUCUGCCAAGGUGAAUUUUAUUGCGGUAUUACAUGAACUGGGCCAACCCGGAGCUGCCAUUUUUAUAUAGAGAUUGGAAGCAGUGGGCAUGAGCAGUGUGUUACCCACCGUCCUGUUUCUCACUUGGUUUAUUCACUUGACCGCCCAGCAAUCAUGAUUACUUGGAAAAAUUCCAGCCAGGAUCCCAGCUAACUACUGGGCCAGCUUGGUUGUCAUGUAAAUGCAAAGUUGAUUGUUUUUGUGUUUAACUAAGGUGCCAAGGUCUCUGCAAAGCCAGCCCUGAGACCGGCUCAUGUAAUCAGGUCCUUAGUUUUAUAGCCAGAUUCUAUGCCUCCCUCCUUGACCUUACCAAUUUUUCAAAGCCCCCGAACCCACACACCCAAAUUUUUUCAGUCCCCCCAAACAUCUUCAUACCCCCUUCUCCACAUUUAUAAAUGUGCUUUCCCUUAUCCACAUACUGUCCAUACAAAUAUUAUCAAAAAUAGCCGCAAAACAAUCCUAAACAACAUUUGAAAUAGGUACAAGUAUAUUUCAACUAUUGAUAAGAUCUUUCACAACUCCCACUUCACUUAAACAGACUGUAACUACAUAUCUGUUCAUAACAAAUGAGCAUUCCAACAACUACUUCACUGCAACACCUAAAAUCACUUUUACCUUCCAAAAAAGUUAUUUUUUGUUACUUCAUAUCAAAUUCUGAUGAACAAACUACAGCCAUAUCCUACCAAUCCACAUCCAAUAUAAUUCCAUGGCUUCCACUUCACACAUCUCAACCGACACCUGAAGGAUACAACACUACUGCACAACUCACACUUCCCUAUAAAUACACAUAAAAAAUGUCACAUAUAUACACGUAGUGCGAAGAUGCCCAAAUAUACGCUCCCAUAGCAUCUUGUUUGGAUUAGUUUCUCUUACGUCAGUCAUGUAGUGUUAGCAGAUUUUUAAAAUGAGGUAUUUUUUUUACUUGUAAACAGUUUGUCCAGGUCCUUCCCUUGCUCAAGAUUUAUACCUUAUUGCUGGAGAAUAAAAAGAUCAAGAAAUAAAAGUUUAUACUUGUUAAGCUUUAAUGAAGGAGUGUUUGUAAUGAUGUUUAACUUAAUUGUAGUAAGUCAGUUUUAUUGUCAAUACUUUGUUGAAACAAAAUUUUAACCACUAUAUUAAUAAAACCCAACAAAUUUGCCGGAGGAUACUUGUGUACAUUUAUUUUAAUUAUUUGAAAGUGACAGUACUCUGAUGAGCAAAAUAAAAUAUAUUUUGUGAUUAUCAAGUAUGUUAUGUUAUCAUUUGAACACAACCAUUCUUUUGGAAAUUGUCUUGUAUCUCUCAUGGUCCUCAAGUGCUGUCCUGGUUUGGUGCCUAGCAGGUAGUCUCAACUGUGGGAGGAAGUAUUUUGGAAGAGCAAGUGUGCGCAGUAGUUUCUGGACUAUGAUCUUUGUGAUGCAGAAGUAUCACAGAAAGCUCUAACAAACAUGAAAAAUUAAAUAAGUGCAGUUGGUAACCAGUUAUUUUAGUGAUUAUGAUGGGUGCUGAAAAUUCUUUCACCUUGAUCAUGAGGCUAAUUAAGUGGUGUAAUUUUGAAAAGUGAGGUAUAGUUAUCGUUAAAAAGGCAAUAAAAUUGUUUGAACUUUUUUUACAUUGUUUCUGCUCCAUUUUUCAGGGUGGUCCUUGGGAUAUUCGUUAUCUUCCACUUGAUCUAAAAAGACCUGUUCCAAGGUAAAGUGUAUAAGAUAUUGUUGAAAAUAUUAUAUGAGCAUGGUGUUCCAUAUAGGAGAAUGGUGUGACAUUCAAACGCAUAAACUGAUUAUUCUAAGUUGUACAAUUGAUUUUAACUAAUCAUCAGAUUAAUAUCUUUCUCAUUUCACUUAAACUGCCUGGCACUAAGGAGAAUUUUACACUUGCUGUUUUUGUAGUGACAUUGAUAUUUCCAAGCACCAGAUGCCUAAGAAGAUUUCAACUGUAGCAAAAGAAGCCACAAUUCUUGACCAUGAGGUAAAAUGUUGUAAAAAGAUAAAAGUUACAGCUCCUUCUUUUGCUUCGUUGUGAGGUAGCCUUCGUGUAAGGCAUUUGACGGGAAAUGCAAGUUUGGAGGCCAAAGUUCCCGGUAAAUCUUUUUCGUUUCUUGUCGCGACCUUUUUGUCCAAAUUUGUUUUAUUUAAUUUUGUUUUUCUCAUGCUGUCAAGAAGGAACAGGAAACACAAGAUAUGGUUCAGGUGCCGUGAUUUUCCUGCAAAGGAAUUAGCUGAAGGUUUUAACUAGAGGUGCAAACUAUGAAUUCAACAAAUAGCUUGGAGUUAAUGAGGGGUGGAAAGGCAAAAGCAGUGACUUUGUUGCAUUUCCUUCUCUUGCCCUUCAUGGUCUGGUGCUCCUUCAGUGCCUCUUUUCCUUCCCUUUCAAAAACCUGCUACCCAGGCUAUCUUUCAAGUGAAUGCAUUUCCUUUUGGAUUAGGUAAGGCUCCAACCACAGUCCUGAAUACUGAUAUCUCAGCUUUUUGAAAAGUUACAAGCGACUAAUUUUUGUCACUUAUAUUAUGUUUGCUUGAUACAGUAAAAACCUGUAUUAAGCGGACACCCUCGGGGAAUGCUGUAGUGUCCGCUUAAUACAGGUUUCGAUAGAUAACGUCAUAAGAGACGUCAAAUGCCAUUCAAAUGAAUAGUAAAAAGUUAAGAAUACUCCCAGAGACUUUGACGAUAUACGUUUGCAUUAAUUUCUUUAUCAAAGUGGACCACUUGAUCAUAGUACCAUAAACAUAGAUUGCAACUCGGAUUUGAAGAAAUCAGAUGAGUGAAACAAGCUCAGCUCUGUUCAAACAAAACGAAAUAGAAAACAAUACUGCAGUGUGAAACUAAGUAAGUUCGUCAAGUGACGAUUUUUAUGUAAAAAUCGAAAAAGUUCUGGUUGACGAUUCGAGGUAAUCUUUCACAUUUCCGGUGUCUGGCAUGUCGGGUGGUAGAAUUUGAUUACAAGUGUCCGUUUAAUGCAGGUUGGUAACAAUAGAAAUUACUAUUUCAGGUACGUUUUAGGUGUCCGCGUCCGCUUAAUAAAGGUUUCAUUUAAAGUAAAUAAGGGAAAUAAAUUUUGGGACUUCGGCUACUGCCCGCUUAAUACAGGUUUCACUGUAUAAUAAUGAAAAUAAUCCCCUCCAAAAUAUGUUAAAAAAAGCCUAUUUUCAGUUGUCAGGUAUAUAUUAAGGACCUGGGUGCUUAACUUAGGGCAUUACAUAUAGCAUAAUGCCUGAGCGCUCGGUCAUUAUUUUUAAGAAGGCUGAGGAGCGAGGACAUUAAUUAUAUAUAGGAUAAUGCCCUCGCUCCUCGGCCUUCUUAAUAAUAAUGACCGAGUGCUCAGGCGUUAACUUAUAUAUACAGACUGAUAGAACUACAACAUGAUCAGAGUUUUGUGAGACAAGUGGCCAGAUAUACACACACAAAAUUUCUAUUAACAAUUGAGCUACUGUGUGAAUUGUCAUAUGAACUUCAGUGUGAAAUGUAACUUGCCAUGUAAAUAAGGUGCUUUAGGUGUUGCACACUCUACUGAUGGUUACUUAUUGUGCUACCAUUUAUGGUAUGUACAUUACUCAAUUUUAAUUUUUUCUGUUGUGCUUCACCUUGCCACCAGUUUUUCUCAUUUUGGUUGGACCAUGUAAGACGUAAUACAACUGUAACCAGUAAGAUCAUUUCUCUUUUAGAUUGAACUUUAUGGGAAUAAGAAGGCUAAGGUCUCACUAAAUGUUCUGGAACGAUUGAAGGACCAGUGUAAUGGAAAAUAUGUUGUUAUUGCUGGGUAAGAGAGGUUUGUUUUUUGGAUGGAUUUUGAAAUGUUGGUUCAUGCCUUACCUCAUUUUGAACACUUACAACAAGGAUUCUUGUAGGCACCUUGUUAUGACUCAAAUCUUUCCUUACUUGCUAUAGAAUGACUCCUACACCGUUUGGAGAGGGGAAGAGUACAACAACAAUAGGUGUGGCUCAAGCCAUGAGUGCUCACCUGCACAGGAACUGCUUUGCGUGUAUUCGACAACCUUCUCAGGGCCCCACAUUUGGCAUCAAAGGUGCAGAGUGUAAUUUAUUGGGAGCAUAGUGUACAGUGUUUUUUUUGUUUUUCUUUUGAGAAUGAUAGGUGCUUCAACAUAAACAUUAAAAUGUUAGAGGAAAAUAGACCUCUUCACCUUACUAAUCUUGAUUAUAACCUAAGAUCAGGCUCUAUUUCCGUUUCCCUUUGAAAAUGACAUUCCAGCGGGCAAGGUGAUUUUCCCCAAUUUUCAGUACAUAAAUCUUUGAAAAUCCUGGAGAAAUAUAUCGUGAACGUUUUCAGAGGUUUUUUUAAUUAUCUCAGAACAAACCAAACGAGUUCUCAGGUGCAUUAACUGAUUUAGUCCCGUGCACACACUUGCAAUCUGCGAGUUUACUAGAGUACAAACAUCUAAAAAAAUAUGCUUUUUUCUAAAUUAAUCCAUGUAAAAUAUUAUCUGCCACUUUGGAAAAACGAAACAACACUUAUAAAACUGCGUGCUCAACUGACCUAUAAAUAACACGAAAAACAAUAUUACCAACACACUUCGUAGUUCUCCGUAGUUGUCAAAAACUUGGCUCGCUAAAUUUAAAUUAACAAACAGCAAACAGUCAACGAGUGAGGACACCACUUUUCCUGGUUGAUUUUUUACAAAAAGCGAAGGCAAACAACAAGUCUGUUACCUUAACACAAGUGCCACCAGCUUUUGUAAUAGUGCCUGCAAAAAUUCCUUGAACACAGAUGCAAUGUUUUUCGUCUAAUACUUCACAGUUGGCGAUUGAGGUUUCUUUCACAACGGGCUUCCGCUUGCGUACCUCGUUCAGAAAAGUCAUUCCCGGCUAAACUUUCAAAUAAAACCACCUAUAAGAUUGACAGAAUAGACAGUAUUUUGAUUUGCACUCGUUUGUUGGUAAAUCAAAAAGCAUUUUGUUAGCGGUCAACAACUUGCAGAGGGAUUCAACUCCACAAUACACUCACAUUAGUUCCGUAAAUAAAGCAAAUCCUGAGAAGAUAUGAACAACCAUAUGAACAGUUUUAGCCAAACUGAAGAGGUUUGAAUAAACGAAACUUGUCUUAAGGCUAAAAUAAAGGCUAGUGCGUAAAAGACUAUUCGUAAAACUCAGUACAGUUGUUAUGAGAAUUAUUUCCAAGUCUUUCGAGGUUUCAGCAAGAAAAGUUACCCACAGAUGUUUAGAAAUAAAGAUACUACUAGUAGUAUUACCAAAAUAAGAGACAAGAUGUAUUUUAAUUCUCACUACCAUGGCUGACUAACUGAAACUUUUCCCUUACAUUCCUGGUCAACUACCUUGGUUAUUUGCUUUCAAUCAAUCAAUCAAUCAUUUAUUUUGACACGUUACGUCGAGGAGUUAGAAAACUUGUUCAAAAUACAAACGUGUAUAAAUGAAAUCUAUAAUAAUUACAGCUAUGUUAUAAUAUCAGUUUAUUUCAACAUCCAUUCUGUCAUUCAUAGUCAUUCUUCUCCUCAUACUCACUGAUAUAUGCUUUCAUAUUUUCAUGUUCCCUUCUCCCUGUUUGAGCGUAGAUAUAAUUCACAUUAUUAAGUCAAAGUAGUAAUUUAGAAAUCUGUCCAGAAGAAGCAUAUUAUGUUAGUUGUUUUAUCCAUUAUUGCAGUAAGGUCCUCCAGUGUAAACAACACCUAUCCAAGUGUACAUGUACAAUAAAUGAGCAGCAAAUAGUCUAAUGAACACCUGUGUUUUCCAAACAGGAUGUGUGUUUGUACAUACUGCACUACAGGAGAACCAUAAUGGGCCAUUUGCAUGAUGAUAUCAUUUACUUCUACGACCAGCAUCCAUCAGGGUUUUCCUUUCUUGUGCAAAUUACGGCUUUUGUCAUUUAAAUCUGGCUGGGAUUACCAAAUUUAAAUAUGAAAAGAAAAACGAAAAGGAUUCUGGUCGUAAAAGUAAAAUGACGCCAUCAUGUUAAUGGCCUAUGUAUAUGAGUUAUUAAUUUUUUUCCAACAAUGUGAUGGACUGUUACAGGUGGUGCUGCUGGUGGAGGGUAUUCUCAGGUUAUUCCAAUGGAAGAGGUAAGUUCAAAGAUUUUUAGUUAAUUCUGUGACAGUAUUAUUGCUAAAACAUUUCUGAUAUGCAUUCAUAAAUUGGUUUGUGUGUCUAUUUAGUUCAAUCUUCAUUUGACUGGUGAUAUCCAUGCUAUAACAGCAGCAAACAACCUUUUGGGUAAGACAAUUUUAAGUACUCUUCUGCAUGUAAAACAGUUCACUGAAGACCUCUGGUUCCUUAAGGAUGUUUAAAAUGUUAAAAAUAGAAACUAAUUCAAACUUAAUUGUCAUAACCAGCACUUAUGCCAUGAAGUUUUGCAUCGGAACCCUUCUGAUUGCAAGUUGUGUGGCUUUUACUUUGCUGUAAUUACCUUCAGUACAGUAUGUGGUCCUUGGUCCGCGCAAGUCCCCGAUGCCCUUGAUCCGCGCCUUUUCCGAAAAUGAGAAAAUAUUUCGUCAAGAAAAAAAAUACGUUGAAUAAUGAAAGAUAUCGUGAUUUACUGAUUAGCAUUCUUUCAUAUGACGAAGUUUCAGCCUUCUUGCUGCGGGUGAAGACGCGAAAUUAAAGUUUGUUGAAAGGUAGGUUAAUUUGUCUUUCUUGAAGUUUGGAUUUUUGCGGCACCGUAAAUUACGUGGUCAUGUUUACUUAGCCUGCGAAUAACUAAAACGCAACGGGAAGACUUGCCUUUUUGCACAACAGGUUUUCAGAUCAACUUAUUUCUGUUGUUGGAAGCAUGUUGCUGUAGACUCUGAAUUUUUUGUUUUAGCGACUCUUGAAAAAUAUCACCAAAUUUCGCUUAGCGGUCCUUGGUCCGCGUCCUACGACCUUGGUUGAAUAAAACUUCCCAAAGUAAAAAGCGACGGCCUUUGUUUUCGAAGAAUGUUUUGAAAGUCGUCCCUAUACAUGUCUACAAGUUCUCUUUUUUAAUACCUCGAGUACAUACAGAGUUUUUGGUAAAUAUUUUCGACCGCGCUAAAAACCGCUCGUCGACGCUCGUGUGGGAGACUCGAGGAGAAUGUUGUCUGAAGUCUUUGAAAGAAAAGCAGAUUAUUUUAUGCUCACAACAUCUUCCGAAAAAACUUUAGCUUGAUUGCAUCAAGAAAAGAAAAAAAUACAAGAAAUACUGUGAAAAUCACGUUUUCGUGUAGAAACUAUAACAUUUUUACGUUUUUAUCGUGCUGCUUACCUGAGACGCGGACCAAGGACCAUCGAAAACGGUCGUCUUUUUGCGAAUUCCAAGCAAAAUAAUUAUGUCUGGAACUUGAAACUUCAGGAUUAUCGACAGGAACAUAAAAGCUAUCUUCAGGGAGUAUUUCAGCUCGUUACAUGAAGAUUCGGGUAAGAUAUUCAAGUUAAUGACUUUUACUCGCGGACCAAGGACCACAUACUGUAUACGUAGUUUUUAAUUUGACAUAAAAAGUAUGUUUCUUAGGCACAGAAGUUUAUUGUUGGCAUAAUAAGCCUUAAGCACUACUUGAAUUUAACUCUGUUCAUCAUGAAGUCAGAGCAAAUGCUUCAUUGCUGUUUCUCUAGCUGCUGCCAUUGAUACCAGGAUGUUUCAUGAAUCUACUCAAUCAGAUCAGGUACAGUCUUUUAAUUUAUAUUUUUGUAUAUAAAUUAUCAAACUUAAUAUGACCAAUGUGGAAAUACAAUGUAAAUGGCAUUUGGUUCCUCCUGUGCUCAAAGGUUACAUGAGAUAUUUUUUGACAAAUGCUCCCAACCUUAACUGUUACGUGUGAAAAAGCACAAAAUAUGUAAUCCUGACUAAUUUAAAGAAUGUAGUAGUUUGCUAGAAAAGAUUAUCCUAAAAUUAUCAUUACUGGUUUAACGAGGUGAUUAAUAAAUAUUAUGUGUAUCUCAAUUUUUAAUCUGGAUUUCACUAUUUGAUAUACUGAUGCAAGUCUUUUGUAUGAGGCAGUAGGUCAAUCAUAGUUUAAUAUAUGUUGUGGUUCAAUUUUAUCCCUGGUUUAAAUUUUAUUUCCCAUUGUUUUGGGGUCAUUAUCAUACAUUACCUUACCCCAAAACAAAGGGAAAUAAAAUUUAAACCAGGGAUAAAAUUGAACCACAGCAUAUACAUGUAUUUAAAUAAUGUUGGGAUGAAAAAUUUAUUAGAGGAAGUAGUGCAAACAUCAUUUUGUUUUCUUGUUUAGGCCCUGUAUGAUCGACUUGUUCCCGAGAAAAAGGGAAAAAGAGAGUUUUCCAACAUUAUGCUCACAAGACUCCAGGUAUGCCAUUUUGUUUUAAUUUCUGCCCUGAAAACAAAUUAAUUUAACUCAUCAAGACUCCGAAGAAGCAAAAAAAAUUACAACAUGUAGUUCCUGACAGCAGUUGCUCACACUCACCGUUAGUUUGGUUUUCAAGAUUACUAGUCAGAAGACUCAAAUGUGAAUGUUGCUUAUGCCCUUAUCUCCCAUUGCUGUGUUUAAUUUAACAAAGUAAGAUGAACAUACAGCUGGAAGAUAGCCAUUACCCCCAAGUUUUCAAUAGCUUACUCAGCCGCAAUGAAAAAAUCAAUGUACAUGUUAAUCACUGUCACACUCAACUUUGCCUACUGAAAGUGAUUUUUAUGUUUGAACGUUAUUGUUCAUUCCUUUUUAGAACAAGAGUAAGCUUAACUUUUGGUUUUCAUCUAAUAUCAUUGUGUGGCAGGUUAGUUACAAAGCACAAGAUCGAAAAUUAAUAGAAACUUUUCUGUUUUUAUAGAAACUUGGAAUUGACAAAACAGACCCCAGUGAGCUGACAGAUGAAGAAAAGGGAAAGUUUGCAAGGCUGGACAUUGAUCCAGAUACCAUAACUUUCCAGCGUGGUAAUUAAUAUAUAGCACUCUACAAUACUAACCAGAUUUUCUCAUGCAAUAUUCUAUUGUUGUCUCUGUUUUGUUUCUUAUUUCUCCUCUCUUUGACCUUUCAUUCCUAUUUGAGGAUUUGCCUGAUCUUCAACUUCAACCUUUGUUUCUUUUAAGUGUGAGCAACUUUUGAAUCAGCGUCAUAAUCCUUGAAAAAUAAUUGUUGAAAUACAUUUUUUCGUCCUUCACAGUGAUUGACACAAAUGACCGAUAUUUAAGAAAGAUAACUAUUGGACAGUCACCCACAGAAAAGAGUUUAACACGGCAGGUAAUGACAUUGUAUCAUUACUAUCAACAGGGCUCGAAAAAGGUCAGUCAAGUAGUCUGGCCGGGCAGGACAAGUAGAUUUUCUUGCUGGGCAAGUAACUUCUAAAGCUCACUUGCCCAAUGGCUAAGGUUCAAAGCAAAUCAUCUUGGUCAUUAACUAAGACUGCCCCUGGCGGCAAGCAAAAUGUUACAGCUGCUUACCCAAAGAACAAGCUGGAAUUCAAUUUUUUUUUCGAACUCUGAUCAGAUGUUAUAAUUUUCUUUUUGAUAGCAUAACACAAACAGACGAUCAAAUCCGUUGUAGAAAAGUCUUCAUUUUGCAAGUCAAGAUUAGUCAAUCCACAGAUUUCAAAGUUACAGUAUUAGGAAUAUUCUUAACGUGUUUGUAAAUGGAAACUGUUUUCUAACGCAAAUGCAUCUGAUAAGAUUAAGGUCUUUACUGUAGGUUUUUUUUUUUGCUUUAUGGAAACUUACAUGAACGUUUUGUUUAUGUUAACAAAAUAUCUUGCACUCGCCGCUUUUAGCUUCUUCUUAUUACCGGUAAUCAGACAUUCUACUCCCUGCAGCCUUUUUCUGCAGUACUUAUCAAAGAUGGUAUCCACCUCUUCAAAAUACCGAGACCUUUUCUCAUCUGUGCUGCAGGCUGGUCUGAAUGUAUUUUUUGUUCCUGUAGACCCAGUUUGACAUCACUGUAGCCAGCGAGAUAAUGGCUAUCUUGGCUCUAACAACAGACUUAAAAGAUAUGAGAAAGAGGUUUGUUUAAAUGUUUCUUUCAUUUCUCUACCCAUUAUCGUACAGAAUUGUUAUUUAUCUACAGGUAACCAGGGAAGUAUUUAAAAAUAAAGUCCUUUUUUUCUUCUAAAAAAUCUGUUUAGGUUGAUUAAAAUCAUAACAGCCGCAAACGAUAGAUCAUUUCGUGUUUGUAAACAACAGCCAGCAAUAGUUUUUUGUGUGUUACAAACACCAAUAAAAAACCGGGCUAGGUGAGCUUGUAUAGUUUCAUAAGAAAUUGUGCCUUUUACACCAAACAAAGUUAAAUUGAAAUGGCCUGGUAUUUCAUUGGUAUUUGUAUGAGGAGUAUAAUGCUUAAGACCAGCUCCUUGCUUUAUAAUCUACAACCUUCCAUGUGUGAAAUUUGUCCUGUUGUUGACUUAAAAGAAAAGCUUGGUCCAGUUCAAAUUUGUUUUUUUGCUUUCCAGUUCAUUUUUUAACUUCUUUCUCCAUUGUUGUCAAGUCGAUUUUGUUUCAUAUUUCGUUUGAGACUUCUAAGAAGUCUGAGUGGUGGUAAAAAGUCGUGUUUUAGUUAAAAGUUUACAAAGUCACUCCCAGCAAUUUCUGUUGAACGUUUACCUGUCGCAUUUCGGUCUGUUCUUUUUAUUAUCAUUAUUUAUUGUAAGGGGGGGAGAAUUUUUGAGCCAUUGCAUACUGCAGAUUUUGAAAGGGUUUUAUUGUUUUGUAGGCUUGGCAACAUUGUUGUGGCAAGUAGUAAGACAGGAGAACCCAUAACGGCAGAUGAUAUGGUUUGUAAACAGCUAAAACACACCUUGCUAAGAUGGCGACUGCAGUCUAACCUUCUUUUUACCUAGAUCCAUAUUGAAGAGCAAAGUAUAGGAUUUUAAGUUAUUGCACACUCAUUUACAGGUGCAACAACACAAAUAUUUUAAAUGUAAUAUUUAUGUUGUUGUACCUGCACGUGAGUCCUUUGAUGUGUUUCAUAUGAUUGAAUGGAGUAUGUUGAGGCGACAAAAUGGUGCAAGGGUGCCGUUAACAUUCAUGUGUAUAAUUUUACUCUGCAACGGAACAUCAAUUGAGUAAUUCGAAGACAGCAAACAUAAUAAAUUAUUUUCCGUUCAUGCAUUACCAAAAAUGACUCUGUAACAUGAUUUGAAGCAUGCCACAUAUCCCCAAUAUACUUCCUCUUUUAAUUCGGCAUGCUGCACUUGUUGUGACUGCUAUUCUUCGAGGGUCAUGUUUUUCUACAUAUUUGCCAGGUGGGUUUUCCAGCCAUUUAGCCCUAGCCUUAGAAUAUUCACUUUGCUUCCUUUUUAGGGUGUAGGUGGUGCACUUGCAGUGCUUAUGAAGGAAACAAUCAAACCAAACUUGAUGCAAACAUUGGAGGUAGGGCUAAAUAUUAGAAAUAUAGAUAAAAGACUUAUUUCAUUACAAUAGCGCAUGUUUUAACGUUUAUCGAGGAAAAGACAAUAUCCAUACGGGCCUCCUCAAGUUUCUAAACUGGAUGCAUACUUAGGAGUUUGGGGCUCUCUGCCAGAGAACUUUAUUUGGCUGUUUACAACUUCGCCUACUAUGGAGAUCGCUUCCUUGAAUAUCCAUUUGCAGUGAUCUAUUACCCUGUAAGAUUUUGGACGGAGGUGUAUGUAUUAACGCUUCUGUGUUCAUCGUCUUGCAUUUUCUUUUUAUAGGGAAGCCCUGUUUUUGUACAUGCUGGACCUUUUGCAAAUAUCGCACACGGCAACUCGUCCAUUCUGGCUGACAGGAUUGCGUUGAAGCUGGUUGGACCAAAUGGAUUUGUUUGUACGUAAAACAUAAUCACCAUUCGGAAAAAAUUAUAAUCAAAACAUAAAAGAUAGACACUGUUUAUUGGCACUGUCUCUGUUAUGUCACCAUAAGUUUAAUAAUAUACUAAUAAGCUGUUAAUUGGCUUAACGUUUUGAAGUUUAAUAUAAAAAGAAGUUUUCAGUCUUUGAAAACUUGUUGGCGUCAUUUGCCAAUGUAAUUUUGUUUGGCUGCAAAGGGUUUCAAUGCAAGGAAGGUGUCUACAUCUGUAAACAACCAAAUUUGCCUCUCUCUAAAAAAUUUAUGUAUGAGCCCUUAAGCUAUGGGCAAAAUAGGUGUGUUGUGGUUCCAGGUUAUCCAUGGUUUAUUUUGUUUUUCCUUCUUUUCGAGUUUUGGAAUGUAUGGUAAUGUAUGGUAAAAAAAAUUCAACCAAGGAUAAAAGUCAAACCACAAGGGAGACAAGCUUUCAGUGUUACAGUGUUGAAUUUCUGUGAUCGUUUGGAUAGAAAAGCUGUAGUUAUGAUUUGUCGAUAGUAUCCAAAGGCCCCUGUUAACUAAUCGUAACAAAUGUUUGCACACCCACACAAUCCCACAACUUGUCAUGCUUGAAGCUUGCACCCAUUCUUCUGAUAAUUAAUUCUUCCUUUUAAGGAAAAAUUAAUUAAAAUAUUUUGGAGUGUUAGCUAAGUGCAGCAUCUCCGUUUGUGUGUGAGAAGUCGAGGAUAAGAUGAACAAGAAAAUAAAUAUAUAUUUUUUCACUCUCUCAGUCACUGAAUCUGGCUUUGGGGCUGACAUUGGAAUGGAGAAGUUCUUCAACAUUAAGUGCAGAUAUAGUGGUGAGUUUUUCAACUACAAACACGCCUUUACUUUCCAAGGAAUGUACGGUGAAUGUGCACCAUUCUGAUACAUUUGGUUUAUAUAAGUCAAGAAGAUGUUUAUUACUAUUACUAGCUGUGUUUUACCGUAGUACUAACAGCCUAAUGAAUUUGGAACUAUCGGGUGAAGUAAAACGUCAUCAACCUAAACUUUAUAGCUUUACUCAGCUUCUUACUUAAUGUAAGGCAGACUUUGUUUAUUUAUCUGUCACUUACAGGAUUGACACCUCAGUGUGCUAUUAUAGUUGGGACUGUUAGAGCCCUGAAGAUGCAUGGUGGAGGACCAAAGGUGAUUAACUGAAAAUCUGGAAAACAAGAGGAACAACUGCUUAGAUUGUACUGGCGUGACGUGUAACUUAUGAAAUACUUCACCAGUGAAAUUCCUUGUUGCUUUAUAGUUUUCAUUUUUCCAGGUGUCAAUUCAGGUAGGGAUAGUUUAUCUACAGUACAUCUACCAAUCUCAAGCACCACCCUUUUGUAACACCAAGUGAUCAGGUUUUUGUGCUUGAAUUGGCAAGCACGGAAGGAAGUAGGAGUGUUGUCUGUGAUAAUUUCACUGUAGUAGAUGCAGCCACUGUAGGCAUGUUCUAACCAUACGUCAUAUUAUUUAUUCAUUUACUUUCUCAAUAUUUAUUUUCUGCGUAGGUUGUUGCAGGAAAGCCGCUACCCCCUGAAUAUACCUCAGAGGUUAGUUUCCUUUUUAACUUUCUCUCCUCUGCUAUGCAGUGGCAGUAAUGAUUAUCGUCUGAGUGAAACUGAUGCCUAACAGAAUGCCGCGGCAUAUUCAGUACUAAAAUGCAGUUUAGCGACCGAGUUGAAAGCCAAAGGUGAUGCCAUAUUAUUUUAAAUCGUAGAAAAUGAACGAAAUGUCACCAUAAGUACGCGAUGAGGGAAAUAUUGUUUUGACUAGAGUACUUGUGCUUGCUUGAAUAAACAUUUCUUGUUCUUGGUCAUCAAAGUAGUAAACUGAAUAGACAGCACAAUGAAGCGAAUGGAAUGAGUUCGAAACGCUUAGUGCAAGUUACUUACCCAUUGUCCGAGUUUUCUUAGUGUGGCCUCGAAAUAUCUUUGAGAAAAUGUUUCCUUAAAACAAUCUGCGCUCGGUAAUACUAAUCUUUGGAAAACUACAUGUAAGAACGGUUGCUGUGCAUAAAACUGUUUCACUCUCUUUUUUCACUUGACGUCAAUAUUUUUACACCUCUUUUAAUGGUUUAAAGAGUCUAAAGGAACGUCCCACCACUAUUUAUUAAUUAAAAUUAUAAGUGACAAGCCAUUUGGACUGAGUGUUGAGGGCAAAUAAGGUGAGAAUGUCAUCGUCAUCAUCAAGUGGGUAACAUUGCAGGGGUUUGGUGUAGUCACCAAACAGUUUUUGUCAAAAGCAGUCCUAUUCAGGAUUACACUCACCCAAAAAUAAUUUUAACUUCUUUGCUGUUUGUAAGGGUGUUAUUGUAAGAGGAGGAAAGCAGCGAACCAGGCUAUUCACUUGCGAACUUGUAGACUGGACGUCAGGGUCCUUCCUUUUUUUCCCGUCCCCUGGACGAAAAGAAGUGAAGGCUUGCCUUGAGUUUCGCUGAUUUGUUUGUUUUCUAUAUCCUUAAAAACAAGGGACCUUACUGAUUUGUCUCAUUUUGGCACAGAACCUGGACCUCAUAAGAAGUGGAAUUGUGAAUCUGGCCAAGCAGAUAGAGAAUGCUCGAUUCUUUGGAGUUCAUGCUGUUGUUGCUGUCAACAGAUUUCCGUGAGUGAUAUUACAAAUGUUAAGUCCUACUUUUUACUCAGCUUUGUUGUGCGAGUGAUAAUUUGUAUAGAACGUUUUCACUCACGUGGCCAGCAUCUGUGCAAAUUUGUUGGAACGAGAGAAAGCGUUUGCAUAAGAAAAGAGUUCAACUCCCAGAGGAUUGGUUUGGGACACCAACAUGGCCGCCGUUUCAUUGUUUGGGACACCAAUAUGGCCGCCGUGACGUCAUGUGAAAACACUCUAUAUUUUAGUUACAAUGGCAGACCUCUUACCAUAGUAACUCUUGAAAAGCUUUUUUACAUCUUAGCCAUGAGAGGUCACGGACUUGUUUAUUAGCUCCUGGCUGGAAAAUUCUAGUUUUUUUGGCCCCGUCUUAUUCCUUGCUAUGGUUGCUCAAAAACAAUUGUUUCAACAUCUUCGUUUUACACCCCCAACCACUGCUAGCUGUUCACUCUUAUAGUAUAUUUGAGGCACAUUCGUCUGGAACAAACCUCGACUAGCUCGAUCACUCGUCAUAAAGUUCAUCUAGUAUAUAGACCGGAAAUUACUUGCUAUACGUCUGGUAAAACGUUCCGCUAAAGUGCGUCCUAAAGGACGCAAAACUGAAUCUGACGGAAGAACGUAACUUGAUUUUAUUCGUCAGGACUGAUACAGAUGCAGAAAUUGCUCUUGUGAUUGAACUUGCUAAAGACGGAGGAGCAUAUGAUGCUGUGGAGUGCACUCACUGGGCUGAUGGAGGUAAACUCCCUACCAAUUUGAGCAGGCACCGCCUAUUGGUCUAUUUUGGGAGAUUAUCAGUAGCUUCCAGAAAACAGAUGACAUGUGAAACAACAAUGGAAAUUGGAAGGCUUUUAACAAGGCCGAAAAUAAUUUUAGUGAUCCUAGAGAGCAGCCAACUUUGCUGUCACUUAAAAAAGUGCCAAAGCCAAACAGGAUUAAAAUCAAUUAAAAUGGUCCCAAGUAAUAGGAUGUUUCUCACAAUAGUUUUAGGUGAAAUUUGGGUGUUUUGCCUGCCAAAAAAAUCGUUAAGAAUCGAGGGUCGUCCAAUACACCCGCACUGUUUGAUCUCGUGGUGAUCAAAGGCGCAGAGGCGAUGCUAUACAUAGGUUAACACUGUUGUUGAUUCUCCCCUUGCUUCAACAAUUUUUUUCUGCGGGUUGUCUGGUUCCCCUCUCUUCAAAAACCAAAAUUUUUUAAAUUCCAAUCAGAUCAGAACCAUAACUAGCCUGCGAACAGCAGACAUAUUUACGGUCGUCGCUUCUCUCUUGUUCGCAGGCUAGACUAUAACCUCAAUCAGGACUAGUACCCCACGGAGACUAGCAUGGCUAAUAGUGUAACACUUUCGUGUGAGUGCCACAGUGUGCUAAAAAAGUCCUGUUUGGUGAUAGUCAUUGAUAAAAUAUGAAAGAAACGUUUGGACUUGUAGACACUCUUGACCGCUUACUACAAGUUUGUUUGUAUGUUCUCUGCGCAGGUAAAGGCGCGGUUCGUUUGGCUGAUGCUGUGCUUAGAGCAGUGGAAGAACCUGUGGAGUUUAAGUUCCUUUAUGAUCUUAAGGUCAGUGGGAUAGCGCUCUUCAAGCGCGUACUGGCUAUAUUAACACUCGGUGGUUGACGAGAUUAAUAGCGGUGCGAUGAUCACCAAAUUCUCCACUAGACACCCGGAAGCUCCAUGGAAACUCUUCAAACAUUGUACGGAAGGCCAUAAGUUCGAUUCAUGAUAAUUUGUUUAAUGUUCAGGUAUACCAGAGUGAUUCGAACUUUCCAUCCUGCCCUUGGCACGAAUAUUUCUCAACGUAGUGAAACGUUUGACCAACAACAACAACAAAACAACAAAUUUUAUUGAAAAUUGGAAAAUAACUAAUUACAUUACUUUCCCACCCGCAAAUAGCUUAUGAACUAAUCGAGGCGGGGGGAGAUGAAGACAUAUUACAAAACAAGAUUUAUAUAUAGAUGGACUAAAUAACAGUGAAGACACUACAAUACAGUAAAUAGAAUUUAAACUAACAUAAAACAAGGCAUGUACAUAACGAUUACGAAGAGAGGCUAACCUAAAGUAUUAAAUAACUUAAUAAGACGGGAGACUUCGACAUAAUCAUCUUCUGACCGCAAAAAAUUUAGUAAUAAUUCCUUUUUUUUUUACGAAAGGACGAACGUUUAAGUAUUUUAAUCGAAUACGGAAUAGAGUUCCAAAUUUGGACACCGAUUCUCGUGAAAAAGGCAUACAUUUUAUCGGUUCUAGAGAACUUAACAUAAAACGAGUUGCUAGAGACAGAUCUUGUUCUGUAGUUAUGAAUCUGACUUGUUUUAACGAACUGAUUGAGAAUACUAACUGGUGCUGUCUGUCUGUUGAUAUCAUACAAUAAAUAGCUACAAUCUCUGAAAAAUAUGCUAGGCAGGGGAAGGCAAUUUGAUUUGAGAAAGAAGGGUACGGGUGACCUUUUGCGACAUGAGACAACAAACUAUAUGUUGCUAGAAAGGGCCUUAUUUUUAUCGUUUAUUACCUCAUUACACUGAUUAUGUUCGUUCUAUAACCCCUGUGCCAAGUAGUGUGGUGACUCAAUCAUUAUUUUCAGCUGCCAAUAGAAGAUAAGAUGCGAAUUAUCGCGCAGAAAAUUUAUGGAGCAGAUGACAUUGAGUUGCAGCCUGAAGCACAGAGGAAAAUUGAACGAUACAAGAAACAGGUGAGAAGUUAAACUCAUCAUAUCCUCCUGGUAAGGUCUUUGAAGAGCUUGCUGUGACAAAAUCACUCUGUCUAUUUUCAUUCACAAUGCAAGAUUUAAGAACUAUAUUGUGCAACACAAUAUCAUGUAAAAAAUUUGUAAUUUGACAGUUGAACGCACGGACACGUUUCAACGAGUUCUUAUGAACUCCUUAGUGCUCCGUGGGUAAACAAAUUACCAUUUACAAUUUUUUUUACACAACAGAAACCAGAAAUCCGUGUUUCCAUAUACAUUUAAGAAGUCAAGGACUGUCAAUUACUGUACUUUUUUAAUGGAUUCUGUAACGUGCACGUUAAUGUAAUGCCUAUUUGCACCAGCGCAUGAACAAAAUUUAAAUGGUCUUACAUGUUAAUUUAGUAUGUUUUUUAACUUCGGUCUUGAACCGUCCGAAUUUUACUUUCUGCAGGGCUUCAAUGACUUGCCAAUAUGUAUGGCCAAGACGCAUUUGUCCCUGUCGCACAAUCCCGAACUGAAGGGAUGCCCCAAAGGUACGAAGGCAUUACCACUAGUCACCAGGCACAAAUAACGACAGCACCUUUAAACUGCCAUUAAUGAACUUCAAAAAAAAGAUGACAAAUUGAAGAAAGAAAUGUAUAUAUAGAUAAGUAGAGAGCUGUUACCCUAAGAGGAAACCUGUGAUGUAGACACACCUACAGUAAAACGAACAUCUCUUUAAGGUGGAUACCCCUCUAGCGCGGACAACACUGUUAGGUGUACGCUCUUGUAAUGCCUAGACAGGAAACUUUCUUUAUUGAGGGGAGCCCUUAAUAUCUCUCGAUAAUCUACAAAUGGACCGAUCAGGGAGGGACCUCAGAAAAAAAUGAACAAAACAAAACCAAAAACAGUCACUCAAUAUAGAGAUUCAUAGGUAAAGACUUGACGAGCAACUAACAAAAGAAUUGGUUAAGUCAGUCUUUUAGCUCUGCACAUAGUCUGUUCCACUAUCCUGCAGCACUAAACAUAAACAUACAGCGCCGUCUAUAUGACUGCUUUAGUAACAGGAAAAACUUCUGUAAGGCCUCCAAACCAGAAAAAAGGACACUGUUGUAAGAAGGACAUCCCUGUGUCUUAUCAAAACAUGACAUGUGAGAAGUACCACUUCCUCUGGGAAUUUAAACACCUGCGCUCUUAACCUAUCGUAGCUGUUUCUUUUCUAUUUUUUCCUCAGGCUUCGUCCUCCCAAUCCGUGAUGUACGAGCUAGCGUCGGUGCAGGAUUUCUUUACCCGCUUGUUGGCACGGUAUGUAUUCUUUAUCAUCACCGAUGUGCAGACUUAACCCUACGUCUCCUUGCAAAAAACGUACACCUCUAAAGGUUGUAGUACACCGAGAAAUACACUCUCGCCAGUAAUACGUUCAUUCAUGGGAAAAAAGGGAUGCGAUACAAUGGUGUCUGUGUUUUCGAUUUAAGGCCUUUAGGAACCACGGUGGCGACGGCAAUGAGGAUGUCAAUCCAUAAAUAGGAUAAAUUUAUUUUUGACACUGCACUUCCUAAUGUGAUGUUAUGUAGACGAUGUUCAUAUGGCACAACGAAUUUUCCUGUGUCUUGCUUAACUGAGGUGCACGAUGCACUCCCUUAAAAUUCAGCUCUGGAAAUUCGCUACAUUUAACGCGUUUGAGCGGUGAAUUAAUAAAAUUGCAGUUGUUAUUUCAAGACCAUUGUCAAAAGCAGAGAAGUACAACUGCGCAUGACUCCCUCGAUGAUUUGAAGGUGAUUAAUUUAAAGGAUGGCCAUGAAUGUUCUUUCUUUCUCAACAAGAAUCGCCGAAAGGCGAUUUUUAACUGGGCUGCCAAGGGGCUAUUUUUUCUGAAGGGAGGGGGCGGCUAUACACACUCAGGCUACCAUAAAACCUUCUUGGCAACCAUUGCAUGCAACAGAUCGGAAUCUCAUGUGAGACUGAAACAUAAACUCAUUCAGAACAUUGUACCCUUUUGAAAGACUUUCGUAACCAAGUGGGGGCUGUAUAAUAAAUUUUAAAUUCCACCAUUAUGAAUAAAAAUAAACAAGUUAGCCAUUAAAACAAUUUGCGUUAUUUCCACGUACCCCUCCCCCAAUCCCUCUGUGCCCCAAAAUAUAGCGUGACAGUAUAACAUGACUAAUUUGACGUAACUGGAAAUCCCAAAAAUUGUUGUCGUUCUACGAGCAUAAAAUGCGACAGACUGAGCUGAUUUACAUUAGACAGAAAUAUUGUAUUGUAUGAAAACCAGAAGUAUACUAAAACAGACAGUUAACUGCCCAUUGAUCCCGCCUGAUCCAGGGGCCUCACUCACUGCACGGAGACUUUGCUGCGCUUUUCACAAUCAUGCGAACUCUGAAGUUCAAAAGCCACCUUCACAAUUGUGUUUAUAGCUGCCGUCAAUCAUAAUUACGAUCACAAGCAACGAACCUUGAAACAGAGAAACACACAAAACGGAUCGAAAUCCACAAAUCACAAAUCAUGACCUUUUGAACCCGUGAAGUAAACUUUUGUUUCCUAAGAGGUCCGUUAAGAUGAUUGACAGCAGCGAAAAACGCAAUCGUCGGUUGGCUUCUGAACUUCAGAAUUCGCAUGUUUGUGAAAAGUGCGAUCCUAAUUUGCGGUCCACAGUCUACAAGAAAACGCACUAUUUUUUCCACAAGAUGAAAAAUAUUCAGUUUUAAGAUUUUCCUCAUCGUAUUUUUCUCUAACUUAAAGGAAUAAAAUCCUUUGCAUUUUGAGACCUAAAAAAGUUUAAAAAUUUCUCGCUCGCAUGUUGCGUUCACCAGCACGCACUUCAAACAAUGUAUUAAAAUAGAUGAAACGAUCGAUAACAUAUUUUUUACCUGAUACCGAUGCGAGUUAAGAAUUCGCUCCAGUUCUGUUUGUCUCACCCUUGACGAACUUUUCUUCAUGGAAGAUAACUAUGCCGCUUUAUAACUCGUCCGAAGUUUUUGUGCCAGCUAAACAAUAUGGAAACACUAUUCACAGUGACUCCUUGGAUAUUAAAAAGACUGAACGUAACGCACUAUUAUGCCUUUGUUUACUUCUGAUCACAUCUUCAAGCGAAGUCUCUCUUUUCAAGCGAUUCAUCUCAAUGCACAAUAAUUGACCCUUAUAUUAGUUAAAACCCUAUGGUUCAUUUAUAUUAAUGCUGUUUUUGCCCCUCACAUUGACUGUGUUCGUUUGUAUUCAAAACACCUUUACGAAAAUAAAGGUCGUAUAAGUCAUGUGUGUUAUGUUUCGAGAUAAAUGGAUUAUACGCUUUUUUAAGUUUCCAUUUUGCGGUGACUUCAGUUUACAUCUCCAUAAAAUGCUAAAAGAAAUAUCAAGAAACAUCACGAGAGCUGAAAACUUUCAAAGGCAUGUUUCUGAAACUCACUAAUGCUGACAUCAAUAUAGCGUGCUUUCUGAAUGGGCGAAAACACAGAAUUGUGAUCACAAGAUCAUGUACAAAUUUAAUGACAAAAGCUUAGUAAGAUACAGAUACAAACAAAACCAAACCCCCUGAAACCUCGACGUGGGCUACACUUGAAGGCUCUACUGAGUCACCAAACCUUGUCAGUCAUAGCUCCUAUUUUCCUCAAGUCGCUCUCUGUGAAGCUCCCGGAUGGGAUGUGCCGGAGAAGCUUUAAACUUGUGUGCGAAAUUCUCAGAGUCCCUAUUUUUGUCCGUGUCUUCUUUAUACUCAGUAUCCGAAAUUUAGACCUCCAAUGUGGCGUGUGUUGCAUUAAAUAGAAGGAAAUAUCUAAAGGAAAAGCCAGUCUUCUAACAUGGUAAAGUUGUCACGUCCCUCGCUCAUGGACGUGCGUAGUGCCAUUCAUCGGCAACUGAGUUGUUCGCUUCACUGACUACGAAGGCUUACAAUCAAGUCUUCAGCCAUAGUGUCGUCAACUGGUGAAAUACUUUGCUCAUAAAUUGUGCUUCUUAAUUGGUCAUGUACUACAUCGAUCGAUAAUUCUCUCUUUGAGUUCACGAAGCGGCCACGGCGUUCCAAACCUGACGCUCACAGUCAUCUUUUAGUGUAAACCUACUGUGAACGGCCUGUCGGUUUAAAUGCAACGCGAGCAUUUCUCUGAGUUUCCCAGCGCCAACAUCAUCUAACUGACUUAAACUCGAACAAUAAAAAAAAUUAUCGAGUGACUCCCAUGGUCGAAUCGCUUCGAACAAGGCAAAUAGCUUUCUUCAGGUUCGCAACGCCUUGUGGGUUUUUCAGGGGGAGCGCAGACAAGGUACAAAAAGUAUCCGUGCAAGGCUCCGUGCAAGAGAAACUCAUAUGAAACCAUAUGUGAAAACAUUGUUUCUCGGAACCAGACCCUCGUGUCUUCCCUCCCCCGGGAGACCACUUUUUGACACCGACGACCGAAAGCCCAUUUUAUGACUGGGCGCACAGGCAGCCCAGUAAUUAUCUCGUUAACUUUAACGGCGAAGCGUUCUUUUCAUAAUUUCUUUCGUAUGCAUUCCUGGGUAAAUGAAAUGAAAGCAAGUGCCCUCUGUUCAGCAUGACUAUUAUGCGUAGUAAUGCUAAUAGGCCUGAGUGGAGUCCAGUGCGGUCUGUAAUCAUACAAGUGGUUAUAAAUAUUUAAGAAUUAUCCCUCGAGCCCGAAUGGGCCAUGAGGGCGAGAGGAAUAAUUGUUUUAGUAAAAUCAAAGUAGUUGGUCAAAAAUAUCGAGAAUAAAAAACUUUUAGCUAGUUAAAGCUAGACUUUAAUCCUUUUUUGCCGCCAAAAAGUCCGCGCUUUUCGCUACUAGUGGGCUAUAACAUAUAGCCUAGUAGUACCUCAACCAAUCAGAACGCAGUAUUGAUAAUAGACCGCUAGUUGGAUUUUACUAGAAACCUUUAUCCCUGCUUCCCCAUGUCAAUUUUCCUAUCUGUAUUCUAGCACCUCUGUUACGACUCGUAAUAAGAAUAACUUCCCUUUGCUCAGGCAGCUGAGUUCUGGACUAAUUUUUUAGUACCUUAAAUGUUCCAUUUUAGAUGAGCACUAUGGCUGGUUUACCUACAAGACCUUGCUUCUACGACAUUGACUUGGACCCAGUCACUGAGGAUGUCCUUGGUCUGUUCUAGUCUUUGCGAAAUGCCACUAGAUCGUCCGCACACAGGCGUCAAAGCAAGAACCUUUUUUGUUGUUGGCAUAUAGGGGACCUAUUUUAACUUUGAAAGGCAAAGAUAUUUAGCAUCAAUCUAAGCAGUAGCAGUGGUGAUGAUUUCCUUUAUUUGGAUUCUUCAACUGCAUUAUACUUUUGGUUGAUUUCUAUUUCAAGUUUUUCCAUUGCCAUUUGCAUGUUAUACACGGCCAUCGUACGAUGGAUAUUUUUCCGCUAGGAUCGAAACAUUUCAGACGAUCUAAUACCUAUAGCCAUUCAAAAAACGUGUUUUGAUUUGUUCAUGUGAUUCAGUUACAGAUUUGAAAGGCAUGGCAUUGCAUUUGCAUAACUACUACCGGUCAAUACACGAGUUGCUGUUGUUAAUUCUUGAUAGCAACCUUGAAAAAGAUUUUGCCAUUUAAAAGGAUUUUUUCAGCCUGCGAGCAGAGCCUCGUUUUGUCUUUUUCUUAAGUGAGGAGGAGAAAAGGAGUUCGCCAAAAUCAAGCAAGCGAAAGAAAGGCUCUGCUAGCACGGUAGAUUGCUUUUUGAGUUCCAGAUGGGGCCUACCUGUUUGUUUGAUGUAAGAAAUAGAUCGUCCAAUCACACAGGGUGGGAAAGCGCAGGUAAUCAGUGGUCUACUGACCCAUUUGUUAGGAACCGUACUACUUUAUCAGAGAUAGGUGGAGAAGGUGUUUGUUAUUGUAGAACUCACAGCUAAAAGAGUGUUCUUGUUUAUUUUUGGUACAAAAAGGAAGUCAUCAAAGGAGACUUUUUAACUGAAAAUGAAGUACUGUACCUUAACUAUAUUGUCCGUGAACGACAUUUAAAAAAAGUAAACAUUUUUCCAGGCAAUAGUCUUGAUUUUGCUUUCCAGUGAAACAUUUUGUUGAAAUAUUUCAUGAGUUAAUUGUGAAACAAAACAAAUUAUUUGAGGAAUGACGAUUCGAAGUUGUGAAGUUACGGUUAAUGGGAUCCUGUCGCACCCAGUGAGAAGAUACACACUCGUAAAGCUUUUGUUAAGAGACCUUUAGCAUCAGGUUUUUCAUGGUUAAUUGUAAACGGCAAACUUGAAGAUGCCACGUGAUCGCGGUCGCGUUUGCAGUUUGCAGUUCACUUUUGAACGGUAGGAAGGGCUUUCAGCGGUAAGUGAUUUACGGCAAGGUUUUUUCCCAUAAACAAUCUCACAGCCUCACGUUUAAAGGCAAGAAAUAGUUUUCUCUACCUGCCUUCGACUUGCUAGGUAGAUAUUUGACUUCUUCAUGUUUAUUGGCCGGUAUAAGUGAAGCACCUCGAAUGGAAAAAAAAAACAACUUGAAGGCACGAAACAAAGAACGUCUUGCUAAAUUCGAAACCUUGGCAACCUGAAACUGGAAAUGCCUAACCGCAAACAAAAGUUGGCGGUUUGUGGUGUCCCAUAAAAAACCUGAUGCUAAACAACUAAAGGUGUCUAUUUUGUGAAAGAAAACAUUAACGGCAAUGACGUCAUUGUCGUACCUUUUUGUCUUUAUCUCAUAAAUAAAAUGUGGAGGAAUCUCAUUUAGAUAUGGUCUUGAAUAGUAAUAGGCCAAGAGAAAUAAGACCUCUAUUGAUCUACUCUUGGUUUAGUAGGCAUAGGAAUAGACAUCUGAUCCAUGAUAGGCAUGUAAAGCACGUGAAUUUGCACAAUGGAUUACUUUAAUUAAAGCGAAG